UCACACAAAUCACCAUGAGGGAAAUUGUUCAUAUGCAGGCAGGCCAAUGUGGCAACCAGAUUGGGGCCAAGUUCUGGGAGGUGAUCUCAGACGAGCACGGUAUCGACCCCACAGGGACCUACCAUGGAGACUCUGACCUACAGCUGGAGCGUAUUAAUGUAUACUUCAACGAGGCAACAGGUGGAAAGUAUGUUCCCCGUUGUAUCCUUAUUGACCUCGAGCCAGGAACAAUGGAUUCCGUGCGGUCCGGACCAUUUGGCCAGAUAUUUCGUCCAGACAACUUUGUGUUCGGCCAAAGUGGCGCCGGAAACAAUUGGGCCAAAGGUCACUACACAGAGGGCGCUGAGUUGAUCGAUUCGGCACUAGACGUUGUUCGGAAGGAGACGGAAAGUUGUGACUGUGUACAAGGGUUCCAGUUGACUCAUUCCCUCGGUGGUGGUACAGGGGCAGGUAUGGGAACCCUCCUCAUCAGCAAAAUCCGAGAGGAGUAUCCGGACAGGAUCAUGAACACCUUCUCCGUAGUACCAUCCCCCAAGGUGUCGGAUACAGUGGUUGAGCCGUAUAACGCCACUCUCUCAGUUCACCAACUUGUGGAGAAUACGGACGAGACAUACUGUAUUGACAAUGAGGCUCUUUACGAUAUUUGUUUCAGAACAUUAAAACUAACUACGCCGACAUAUGGAGACCUUAACCAUCUCAUUUCUGCCACAAUGUCUGGAGUCACAACAUGCCUCAGAUUUCCAGGUCAACUUAAUGCUGAUUUACGAAAGAUCGCCGUGAAUAUGGUGCCCUUCCCUCGUCUCCACUUCUUCAUGCCUGGAUUCGCUCCCCUUACGUCCAGGGGGAGCCAGCAGUAUCGGGCUCUGACAGUUCCGGAGUUGACCCAGCAGAUAUUUGAUGCCAAGAACAUGAUGGCUGCAUGCGAUCCUCGUCACGGCCGCUAUCUUACGGCAACUGCUUUGUUCCGGGGCAGGAUGUCCAUGAAAGAGGUAGAUGAACAGUUGCUGAACGUACAAAACAAGAACAGCAGUUACUUUGUGGAGUGGAUCCCUAAUAACAUAAAGACUGCAGUCUGUGACAUCCCACCACGUGGUCUCAAAAUGUCUGCUACAUUUGUCGGAAACACUACCGCUAUUCAGGAACUAUUCAAACGUGUCUCCGAGCAGUUUACAGCUAUGUUCCGUCGAAAAGCCUUCCUACAUUGGUACACAGGUGAGGGUAUGGACGAGAUGGAAUUCACAGAGGCCGAGUCAAACAUGAACGACUUGGUUUCCGAGUAUCAACAAUACCAAGAUGCCACCGCCGACGAGGAAGGAGAGUUUGAGGAGGAAGAAGGAGAGGAAGAAGGUGCAUAAUAAUUGGAUGGGAAAAUAUGAAGCUAGUGUGGUGACGAUUCCACUUCAUAAUCAACAAAGUCCGUCCAAUUAUGAACUUUUAUAUUUAAACAAAACUUAUUAACAUUUUUACACAACGCCAAGCAGAUGAUGAGAUAUAUCCAUAUUUUGUAAUUUUUAAUUUAAAUUAAAAUCUUAUGAAACGAUA